AUGGCCGAGCCAGUAACUACCAACAUCGAACCUAAAACACCAGCUAGCGAUGAUACCCCGCACGAUGCUUUACUGCUCCCGAGGCUUGCCCUUCUAGACGCGGGAAAAAUUCCUUUGACAUCCUGGACGCCAUCCUCAGAUGAGGAGCAGCGCAUAUUCCGCGUCUGGAAGGGCUUCACACUAGCCGAACGAACCAAGGAUACGGUGUCUUGGAUAUGGGACUACGGCGUUGAGAUUCAAUCAGAAGCGUCCAGGCGAUGGAUCUGCAUGCCGUGCGUGCGCCAAAAAGCAUCAUCACCACAGUCAUACGAAUCAAGAGGCACACAGAAUGCCGAGCACCACCUCUGGAAGUCUCACGGCUACUGGGAUCCGUCAGGACGACGACGAACGCCACUGCAGACGAAAGAGGGAAGGAAAGCCUUCGCAUCGAUCACAGACCUCAUGGGCCUCAAACGUUUGGAGCCUAACGACCAGGCCCUGGCGAACAACCUAAUCCGACGAUUCGAUCAAGCCGAGUUCCAGAAGCUGGUGGUGAACUGGAUAGUAGAGAGCCAGCAGUCAUUCAGGCAGGUCGAACAUCCACGUCUGCGACAAAUAUUCGAAUACCUGAAUCCUGCGGUGCGUAUCAAGGAUGCGCAUGUUACUGCUAAGACUAUCCAGAGCUUGGCUAUUCAGCAGUUCGAGCGCCAUCGCGAUGCCGUUCAGCAUGCAUUGAGGAGGUCUCCGGGCCAGAUACAUAUCGCUUUCGAUGGCGCGAGGACCAGAAACCGUCACGCAUUAUACGGCGUGACGGCUGUCUUCCGAGAUGAGGACAACCAACUCCGAAAGCUUGUCCUGGGCAUUCCGGAGCUGGUGGAACGACACUCCGGCGAGAAUAUCGCUGCUGAGAUCCUUGACAUUAUUCGCUCCUUCGGCAUCGAGGACAAAGUGGGUUACUUCACCCUCGACAAUGCAGCGAACAACGACACGGCGAUGCGCGAGAUCGCGCAAGAGUUGCACUUCGAUCCGGUGCGACGGCGCGUUCGAUGCGUUGGCCACAUUCUCAAUCUCGUCGUCAAGUCCCUUCUGUUUGGAAAAGAUGUCGAGGCGUUUGAGGACACCGUCGCGAAGGGCGAAGCACUGGCAAGGGCAGCGCACGACACGUGGAUGCGGAGAGGCCCCGUCGGCAAAGCUCACAACUUUGCCAUUUGGGUCCAUCGGUCGGAUGUUCUGACGCAGUUGCUUCGCCAAAUCCAACAAGACUCGUAUGCGGCAGCUGACGACGCCGAAGUUGGGAAGCAACGGCCAGUCGACGUGGUUAUUGACAACGAUACCAGAUGGCUAUCCCAAUACUACAUGAUCAAGCGGCUGUUGCGACUGCAGCCUUUCUAUGAAGAGUUCAUUGCUAAAGCAAAGAGAAUCUUCCGAGAUGGCCGGAGAGGAGAGGUAGGCCGGAGGUUUCCUCCUUGUCUUGAGGAGUCAAGCUUCCUCACCGAGAACGAUUGGGCGGUGCUCAGGACUUUUGACGAGAUCCUCUCGGACUUCCACGUGGUUGUACAAGCGCUCCAGGGCGAUGGGCAGCCGCGUUGUCGCGCCUCCGGCAUACGAGAGACCUUCGGUUCGAUGACUGACGUGCUAGAGGCAUUUGAGUUCCUUCUGAGCAAGCUGGAAGACGCAAAGUCGCAGAUCGAGACGCAUCCCGAGCCGGAGCAUUUUGGCAUUAACGUCAAUCUUGGCUGGAUGAAGCUGGACAAGUACUAUAAUACCUUGAGAGACACGCCGGUCUACUACGCUGCCGCUGCUUUGCAUCCUGGGCUGCGAUGGACUUAUUUUGACGAGAUUUGGGGCCGGCACCACCCGGAAUGGGUUGAAGAAGCGAAGCAGAUUGUGCAGCAGCUCUGGAGCAAUGAAUAUAGUAACCUGCAAAUCACAGUCGCAUCCACUGCCGAUGGGCCAGCGCUAAAAAAGCAGAAGACUGUGCUGUCCUCAUUUGAUAGGUACCGUAAUAGACACCGGCAAAGCAAUGCACCCACUGCCGGAGCAGAUGAAUACGCACGCUGGCAAGCUAGCAUGUCGGAGCUGGACAGAGAUGUGGCUGACCCGGUGGAGUAUUGGCACCUGAAGAGAUUCGAGUAUCCUAAGCUGUCUCGAAUGGCACUUGAUGUGAUGACAGUGCCGGCCAUGAGCGCAGAGUGCGAGAGGCUGUUCUCGGCAGCAGGGCUAAUGGAAAUCGAUGUGGAGACGACAUGGGUCCUCAAUAUUGUGGCCAUCAACCCACGAGAAGGCUUCGUGGACUCAACCCACGACAGCGCUGCUGACCCGGCGUUGAAUCAGCUCGACGAGUACCAAUCCUUCGUCGCGCAAACACCGGUUGCUAUCGACUGUUCACCGCUUGAUUGGUGGCUCCGAGAAGAACAGCAACAACGAUACCCCCGCCUCUCCAUAAUGGCCGUCGAUAUCCUGUCCAUACCAGCUAUGUCCGCCGAGCCAGAGCGUGUCUUUUCAGGCGCAAGACGCACGAUAUCCUGGGAUCGAUGUCAGCUAGGAAGUCGAACCAUUGAGAGGGGAGAGUGCAUGAAGAGUUGGAUUAAGAGCGGUAUUACCAAGGGAGUUCCCGUAGACUUGAUCGAAGAAGAGAAUGAGGAGGUUGAAAAUACUGUGUCAACGGGACGGCGAUUCCUUCCAUAUGGUGUAUCGUGUAUGGAUAGAAAGCCUGGCCGGUUAGCCCAACUGCGCAAGCGAAAACGAGGAUGGGUUGGCUCGUACGGAAAUGUGUGGGAGGUCAUUCAGGGGUUCGAGUUUCUUCUAGAAGCCCUCGAGGGUUAUAAGCAGCUCGCAUGCGGAAUACCCGACCCUGAGCACUUUAGGGUUAAUGUUAAUUUGGGCUGGGAAAAGCUCAACAAGUACUACCGUUUGUUGGAUGAUACGCCGAUCUACUGCACGGCCUUGACGUUGCACCCGGCCUUUCGAUGGGGGUAUUUCGAGACUGAGUGGCAAGAUCGUCCGGAUUGGGUGAAAAAGGCCAAGCAAAUGGUCCGAGAGCGUCAGAGGAAGUACUACAAUCCAUUCCAAGCGUACUGCGAGCGCACGCGCUCCGUAUCUGGAUCUGCCGCGGUGAAGGACGAGCUAGCCGACGCCGACCGCUUCGACGGGGAAGAUGACGAAGACGAGCUAGAACUAUGGCAGUCGUCAUGGGAGGACGGAGACGGCGAUGUCCGUGAUCCCCUGUCGUACUGGCACGAACGCUAUAUCAGCGGAGUGUGA